CUUUUUUUUUAAAGUAGUUGAAAAUUUGCUGCUAUGUAAUUACUGAUUAUAUCGAAAAUAUUAUCAUUCAGAGACACCAUGGCUGCAAAUUUAGAUCCAGAUGAUAUACAGAUCCUGAAUCAAUUAAUGAGUGAGGAACAAAUUGAAACUGAAAGAUCUAAAAGUCAUUUGAAUAAGAGUGAAUUUGAUUUCGAGUUUGAUUGCCAAAAACUUGAACUUGAAGAUGAACAGGAUGAAGAGGAAGACAAUAUAUUUGAGGAUGAUUAUCAAAUGGUUGAUUACAUUACAAACACCGACCUAAUGACUAUCAGACUGGAUAAUCCCCAAAAUUUCCUUACUGAAGCAGAAUCUCAACUAUUAGCCUCUUGCACAGACCCUUUAUUAAAAGAGGUGGCAAUUUUAAAUAGAAAAAAGAACAUUCAACUGAUUCACUAUCGUAAGCAGAUGAAAUUGUUACUUGAGGAAUGCCAGGCGAGCAUAUUGCAGUACCAGCGCAUAUUAAUAUCGAAGCAACCAAGAGUAGGCUGUUCGAGACUAUGGAGGAUCGGUAUGCCAUUUUUUAAAACCUCCGACGAUUUUCCGUGCCCCAGAAACCCUGAUCUUGUAAGAAAAGAACAGAGGAGGGAACUGUUGUUUUACGAUUUGAUAUCUUAUCAUAGGUGGAUUCCUAGGGAUAUGGUGAAACUUAAGAAAUGGGUGUCUUUUCACUAUAAAUUACGCAGAGAGACCGACUUGCUUAAGCGUAUAAACGAAUUGAAAAACUCUGAUAAUAAAGAACAAAUGGAAGAGAUUGUAAACUUGGAAGUACAACUGGAAAAACUGAAGAAUAAUAAAAGUGAAUUGUGUCCUGCUUUAGGGUGUGAGGAUGCUUUAGUGUGGAAAGACGCUGAGUGUUUGUUUACAAGAGCUAGCAGGCAUACAGGAGAAGAGUGCAGAAAUAUCUGGACCAAUUACAUACAUCCGGAUAUUAAUACGGGCGCGUGGUCAUCUGAGGAGGACAAGAAGUUGAGACAAUUGACCAAAGAGUUUAAAUGUCAAAACUGGGACGAGAUCGCCAAACGUUUAGGUACAAAAAGGACUGGAUUUCUGGUAUGCCAAUACUACUUCAGGGUGGUCGAGAAACCCAUCAAAACAGGACGUUUCAGCGAGGAGGAAGACCAAAUGUUACGCCAAUUGGUUGAUAAACAUAAACAGCCUUGCAAAGAAGGUAUAUUUAUUCCUUGGGCAAAAAUCGCCGCGAUCUUUUUAACGAGAUCUCGAGAACAGCUUUUUUUCAGAUACAAAUAUUAUUUAUGUAAUGAUACCGAGGAAAAUAAGGAAGGUUUUAAUAGGAAGUUUACACAGGCCGAAGACUUGUUACUUAUGGUGCUGGUAGAUCGGUUUGGCAAAAAAUUCACCCAAAUCGAGAAGUAUUUUCCCCAGAGGACCAGUAUGGCGUUAAAGUCGCGCCACAGUGGCUAUUUAGGAAGCUCCAGCAACAAAAAAGGGGGUUUCAUAUUAGAAGACGACCAACAAAUUUUAGAUUACGUCGCAAAAAACGGAACCGUUUGGGCACCGUUGGCCAAAAUUAUAAGACGCACCUCGACGCAAACAAGACAGAGAUACAACGUUCUUAUGAACUAUAUUAGAGAACAGGGGCCGGAUUAUGAUUUGGCGAAUGCGCCCAGAAGGGUUUUUCAUGCGGAUACUUUUUUUUGUCACAAUAAUGAAUUUCUAAGGUCAAUCGCAGACACGUUUAAAAUGGCCAAGCAUAUUCCCACAUUAGAAGAAGUGCAGCUAGCACUAGCCGAGGCCAGAGAAGAUAAAAAGAGAAAAGAAACUCGAUUCAAGCCGGUCGUCGCAAAAACCUACUCUAGGACAAAAGGACAACCCCAGAUUCGUACUUACCAAAAAGGAAUUAAUAAUUGCCAGAAACUUAGUACUAGUGAUCCAAUAAAAUCUGAUCAUAAAGUUCAAUUAAACGAAGGCCUUUCUGAGGUAGAGCCACUUAGAAAAGAAUCGUCAACAGUAGAUAUUGACUUGCCAAAAGAUGUUCAGAAUUGUGACAGAACCCUGAUCAGAUACUCGACUAUAGAUACUUUAAAUGCGGACCCUAAUGUGGUAAAAUUUAAAGAAAAAGGAAAGAUUUAUAGAAUAGGUAAAGCGGUCAAUAAAGACCGCAGUUCUAAAAUAAAUCAGAAGAACCUCAAAGUGCCGCCAACAAAAACCCUCGUAGGCCUCGAUAGUAUUUCAUCCGUUAAUAAUUCAACUACAUUAAAACCCCAGUUGGUGUACCAAAGAAAAACGAAAAAGAAUAUAGUAUCGGAACCAAUCAAAACCGAAAAAGACCAAAGGGGCCAUCCGCUGGCAUUUCAAACCGUUUUUAUUCCAGGUUGCCCGUAUCUCUCUAUAAACGAAGCCGAAGUAGAUCCUUUGGCAGUAGACUCAAAUAAACCGAUAGAACCGAGAGAAAUCCUGUUGCAUUCGCCUAAACCCCAAUUAAAUUCGAGAAGAAAAGCAGAGUCGCCUAUUAUAGGUGAAAAUAAAAAACUUAAAGGGAAUCCAAGCGGCAUGGUGACGGGUAAUUUCAGUAUUUUAAAAGGACAAUUAAUUUUAGAGGAUGCCCAAAAGGAGAUGAGUGACGAUCUGAAAGAAUUAAAGUUAAUGGAGGAGUUUUUGAAGAAGGAGAAGGAAAGUGUUGAGGAGGACGUUUUUGAGAUUUAAGUGUUUACUUUUGUUAAUUUAUUUCUGGUAUUUAUUUUUAAUAUUAAAAAUAAAUGUGAAGUAUAAAAGGAAAA